AUAGAUAUUGUUCAGCAGUGUUUCACCGCGUCACACUGUAUUAGUAAAUAUGGCGGCAAACGAAAACAUGGAAGGAGAUGUGACAAACAGUGGCGGAAAUAUGAUCGUUGAAAGUGUAAUCAAUCGCUGGAUUGUGGAUUAUUAUACAUCAGUGGCGCUUUGUGCGUUUAGAAAUGGAAACUAUAGAGAUUUCUGUGAAAUCAGGGACAUACUUCAAAAUCUGUUGGUUCGUCCGCUUGAAUCUACCGAUGUCAUGCCUAGGAAGAUACAAAUAAUGCAGUUUCUCUCCCGGAUUAAUGACGGUGAAAGACUGGACUGUUGCUUUGAGUCUGAGCCUGCUACACCACUGGAAUCAGCCAUCCUUAUAUUGAACAACAUCAGUGAGGAUUUAAAUAUUUGUCAGCAAGAUUUGGAGAAAGUGCACAAGUCAAUACGGGAGAUGCUUGUAAUACUCUGUAUCAAGAACAAGCAGUAUGACAAAGCAAAGGAAGCCUUAACAAGAUACUUCCCCAAAGGCAUGGUGGGAAAGAAAGCUAUUUUCAUGGGACUGAUCAACAAGAAGAUGAACAAGCAUGUCGUGCUUGAGCAGGUUACAUACCAGCAGUUCAGGGAAGAGAUGGUGCAGUUCUGUGAGAGCCUGUUCUCUGAAAGUGUUCCCUUCCUGUCCAGGGUUGCAAAACAGCUCAUCGAGGGAAGAAAGGCUGCAGAGCAGAAACAGAACACAACAGAGCAAGUUGCAAGUGUGGAUCUGCCACAGCCCCCGGCAGACAAGCCUGACACCAGUGGCCCUCCUGCUCUUCAGCUGAAGCGCACCCAGCUCCUGGAUGCGUACACAGCUCUGGCCAAGGAGCUUGGAGAGGAAAAGUCAUUUGCACAGCUGGAGAAUGAGGUGCAGAAGGAGAAAAAACAAGAAUCAGGCCCCCUCUUCCUGUGCCUUUCCCCCAGCCCCUUAGAGGGCUCGGAUGCGGAGCCAGAGCAGGACGAUCCUUCCCAAAGAGACUCAGGCAGCAGAAUGGAGGCUUUCCAAGCCAACGAGUACCCAGCAACAGAGGUGGAGAUUGCCCCCAUGGUGCAUGAAGACUCCCUGGUGGAGGUUGUUCCCAUGGUGCAGGAGGAACCCCUGGUGGAGGUUGUUCCCAUGGUGCAGGAGGUCCCCCUGGUGGAGGUUGUCCCCACAGUGCAGGAGGUCCCCCUGGUGGAGGUUGUCCCCACAGUGCAGGUGGUCCCCCUGGUGGAGGUUGUCCCCACAGUGCAGGAGGUCCCCCUGGUGGAGGUUGUCCCCACAGUGCAGGAGGUCCCUGUGGAGGAGAAGGUUGCUAGAACCUUGCAGAAACGCAGUAAGCUGCACACCAUGGCCAGGCUGGUGAUGGAGCCAGACAGCCAGAUGUCCCAGCAGGAACCAGUGGCCUCUGAGCAGGAACCAGUGGCCUCUGAGCAGGAACCAGUGGCCUCUGAACUGGAACCAGUGGCCUCUGAGCAGGAACCAGUGGCCUCUGAGCAGGAACCAGUGGCCUCUGAGCAGGCACCUCCUGUAGUUGAGCUUGAGGAGCUGGCUGGACCAUCCAGAAGUCUGGAGGACCCCCUGUCUUCUCAGCCCACCUGCAAAACACCCACCCGGAAGCACCGCAAGCGACCAGCCUCUAGCGAGGUUGAUGAGAUUUCAACUGAAAGUGAUGUGGACGUGUGUGCUCUGGAUGACUCAUCAGAUGGAUCUCCCAAAAGACAAGCCCAUAAAAGCUCCACCCCCCAGAAGAAUCGCACCCCUCAAAAGGGUGACCCCCCCCUUAAGUGGAAAAAGUUGUUAAAUCAUGCAAAGGGAAUCAAGACUACAUGGAGUGAAGAAGACUCGCUCUUUAACACGCCUCUCAAAGACGGGUCAGGCGACAGCUCCUCUUCGAGAAGUUCAGGAGGCAAGAGGAGGAUGUGGACCACUGAGGAGACUGAGUGGGUACUGAAAGGAGUGGCCCGCUAUGGCGAAGGCCACUGGGAAAAAAUCAAGGCGUCUUAUCCGUUCGGCGAUCGAACUGCCGUCAACAUCAAGGACAGGUGGAGGACAAUGAAGAAAUUAAAAUUAGCGUGAAAGGAGAAGUUUGAAAUACAAGAAAACUCAUGUCAGUUAAGAUGGUCCUGAUGGGAAACCCUGAGGCUGACAGAAUAAUCAGAUCUUGGAAGAAAAAAGUGAUCUUCUUGAAAUGUAUAGUUAUGUUUGGCAUAUAAAUAGUUUGAAAUCUGUAAUGAACGUUCAAUUAUUAUAUUUUUAUCUGAUGUAUGUACAGGUAUUAUUAGACUAGUUUUGUUA